ACAUAUUGAGCAAGGUCCGUGCAGGAAUUGAAAUGGCACUGAUAGAUGCUGUUGCCAAUAGCAUCAACGUACCUCUUUGGAAACUAUUUGGUGGUGCCUCCAACUCCAUUGUCACUGAUAUAACCAUUCCAAUUGUUGCUCCAAAUGAAGCAGCUAAAUUAGCAGCAAAAUACAAGGAGCGAGGCUUUAGCACUUUGAAACUUAAGGUGGGAAAAAAUUUAAGCUCGGACGUCGAAGUAUUAAAGGCCAUACGAAUAGUUCAUCCUGAUUGUUCUUUUAUCCUCGAUGCAAAUGAAGGAUAUACAGCUAAUGAAGCAAUUGAAGUUCUUGAAAAACUUAAUGGUAGGCAUGGCCAA